CGAUAGACUAAUCAACUUCCACUCAUCAAAAUAAAAAUAAAAAUCAGUUCUUUUUGGGGAAAACUGUUUCCAUGGCCUCAAUUUGAUGCCAGAAAGGCAAGGAGGCAAGCAAGGAAAGGAACAAAAACAGAGGAAAAGAAAAGAAAGGGAAAGAGAGAGAGAAAGAGAGAAGCAGCAAAUAGAGACACCGGGAGACGGAGAGGCCAGAGAGAGAGAGAGAGAAAGAGAGUUGCGUCACGCACUCACGUUCCUUUGGUUGGUUUGACCUGGUACACAUCUAGAGACCACGGGCGCUUUCUUUUAUCAAAGAUCUGUGAAUGCCUCAUUGUUAACACUCGAGGAUCAGGAGAGCGAGAGAGAGAGAGAGAGAGAUUGGGUUGGGAGUUGGAGGUGGAGGAGGAAGAGUUGAUGGUUCGAGGUAGAACCCACUGUCUGAUUUGUGGGAAAGUUUCCAUUUUUGUGUACAAAUUGAAAUUAUUCGCUGUCGGAUUGAUUGUUCUGUCUGGGUGGUACAAUGGAUAAGCACCGUAAAAGGGAAUGAAUUAUUCUGGGGAGGGAAAGGUUGAAUUAUAUUGAGGGAGAGGGGGAAAUUGGAGGUAGACAGCAGAAUUGAGUCUGUUCUUUUUCUUCUUCUUCUUGUGUGUGUGGGGAGAAAGGGUUGAAGAAGAUGGAAGAUCAUGCAGAGGACAAUGAUAUAGAGAUAGAGGGAGGAGGGUUCGGAGAUGACAAGGAAUUCGGGUUAAUGAAAGAGCCACUCCUUCUCAGGAACAGGCAGAACAAUACUUCCCAGAUUGCCAUUGUUGGUGCCAAUGUUUGCCCCAUUGAAAGCCUGGAUUAUGAGAUUGUUGAGAAUGAAUUGUUUAAGCAAGAUUGGAGGACUAGAAAGAAGAAUGAGAUAGUUCAAUAUGUUGUCCUUAAGUGGACACUUGCCCUUCUGAUUGGAUUUAGCACCGGGGUUGUUGGCUUUUUCAACAACCUUGCAGUUGAGAACAUCGCUGGUUUUAAGCUUAUGUGGACGAACAGUCUAAUGCUUCAGAACAAUUAUUACCUGGCAUUCGGAGCAUUUGCUGGUUGCAAUGCGGUGUUGGCUGUCGCCGCUGCUGCCCUCUGUGCGUACGGAGCCCCUGCUGCAGCAGGUUCUGGCAUACCCGAAGUUAAAGCAUACCUUAAUGGUGUAGAUGCUCCUUCUAUUUUGGCCCCAAGCACUCUCUUUGUGAAGAUUUUUGGGUCCAUCUUUGGAGUUGCUGCAGGGUUGGUCGUGGGAAAGGAGGGACCUAUGGUGCACACUGGAGCUUGCAUAGCUGCCUUUCUUGGACAAGGUGGUUCAAGGAAGUAUCACUUGACUUGGAGAUGGCUUAGGCACUUCAAGAACGAUAGGGAUCGACGAGAUUUAGUGACUUGUGGUGCUGCAGCUGGUGUGGCAGCUGCUUUUCGAGCUCCUGUUGGUGGUGUCCUAUUUGCUCUUGAAGAAGCUGCUUCAUGGUGGAGGAGUGCUCUACUUUGGAGAACUUUUUUUACAACGGCUGUUGUUGCAGUGGUGUUGAGAGGUUUCAUGGACUUCUGCAAGUCUGGAAAGUGUGGGCUAUUUGGGGAAGGCGGUCUUAUCAUGUUUGAUGUCAAUUCGUCGGUUGCCAGUUAUGGCACCCCAGAUCUAUUGGCAAUCAUCUUCCUUGGUGUGCUUGGGGGACUUCUGGGAAGCUUUUACAAUUAUCUAGUGGACAAGGUCCUUCGCACUUAUAGCAUCAUUAAUGAGAAGGGACCAAUAUUCAAGGUCCUACUUGUGCUGUGCAUCUCCCUUCUGACCUCGUGUUUCUCUUAUGGUCUCCCAUGGCUCUCAUCAUGCACUCCCUGCCCUCCCCACCUUAUGGAGGAGUGUCCCACUGCAGGUCGGUCUGGUAAUUACAAGAAUUUCCAGUGUUCAUCACACCAAUACAAUGAUCUCGCCUCUCUUUUCUUCAACACCAACGACGACGCCAUCAAAAAUUUACUCAGCCCAGGGGUCUCUAAACAGUUCCACAUCCCGACACUCCUUGUUUUCUUUAGCGCCAUAUUCUUCCUCGGCAUAAUCACAUAUGGCAUUGCAGUCCCUUCCGGUCUCUUCAUUCCUGUCAUUCUCGCUGGGGCAUCGUAUGGCCGCCUCGUUGGUCGCUUGCUCGGUUCUCUCUCUCAGCUUGAUGCAGGUCUCUUUGCUCUCCUUGGUGCUGCAUCCUUCCUUGGUGGCACGAUGAGAAUGACGGUCUCGCUCUGUGUCAUUCUUCUUGAACUCACCAAUGACUUGUUGAUGCUUCCAUUGAUGAUGCUUGUUCUCCUCAUUUCCAAAACUGUGGCUGAUUGUUUCAACAAGGGCGUUUACGACCAAAUUGUGAAGAUGAAAGGACUGCCAUACAUGGAAGCUCAUGCCGAGCCAUACAUGAGGCAGUUGGUAGCAGGAGACGUUGUUUCAGGCCCAUUAUUCACUUUCGCCGGGGUUGAAAAAGUGGGGAACAUUUGGCAUGCAUUGAAGAUAACCAGGCACAAUGCGUUCCCAGUGAUCGACGAGCCACCUUACACGGAUGCACCUGAGCUGUGUGGGCUUGUGCUCAGGUCUCAUCUCCUUGUUUUGCUCAAGGGGAAGAAGUUCACGAAGCAGAAGGUGAUGACGGGUUCAGAAAUCAUGAGGAGAUUUAAGGCGCAUGAUUUUGCUAAAGCUGGGUCAGGGAAAGGGGUCCAGCUAGAGGAGUUGGAUAUCUCGGACGAGGAAAUGGAGAUGUUUGUUGACCUUCAUCCCAUCACAAACACUUCCCCUUAUACUGUCGUCGAGACCAUGUCAUUAGCGAAAGCAGCCGUUUUGUUCCGUGAACUUGGUCUUCGACACUUGCUGGUUGUGCCAAAGACGCCUGGGAGGCCUCCCAUUGUUGGGAUACUGACAAGGCACGAUUUCGUCCCAGAGCACAUCUUGGGGCUAUACCCCCAUAUCAAUCCUCACAAGUAGGAGCCAAGGGAGGAGGAGAGGAAGGAAGAAAGCAGGCAAGCAAAAACUUCUUAGCUAUACCUUUUACAGCCUUCAUCGGCACUGUAAAAGAUUUUGUUUGUAAAGCCAGGGGUGGCAUUGUGAAUUUUUUGAUGCUAUGAUUAGUCUUGGGGUUUGAAUAAGAGAUUGGUUACAUAUUAAAGAGAGGAGGUCAAAUAUGACCUCCUCUUAUACAAGAAGGGUGUAGAUUCUUGCAAAACAUUGCUUCAGAGACCAAAGUUUCUUUAUUUUGAUCUAUUUUUUCUUCUGAUUCUUGUGUAUUAUGUCAGGAAACCAUCCUUGUUAUGGAUUUUUUUUGGGUUAAAACAUUUUUACAGUAUUGGGUGUGUUUGUUUAAUUCUUCCCAAACUUUUAGGAAAAGAGAGUG